AUGACCAAGUGUCUACCGUCCGCAACCCCGAGGGUUUUAUGCCGGGCCGUUUGGCCAGCAACACGUCGAGCUCUGCCGACCCGGCAAGGGACGUGCCAAAAUAGCCACUCUAGCAUCAGAAACGCUUCGACUCGCAGCUUCAAUGUCUUUGCUGGCUCGUCCCGGCGGCCAGUAGUCCCUCGUCGCCACCUGCCAAAUCUAGUCGUCGGCGGCGUCCGCAAUAUCUUCAUUCAAACAGAAAACACCCCGAAUCCCGACGCACUGAAGUUCCUUCCAAAUCACCCCGUCGUUCCCAAAAGCUUUGGCACGCCUUUCAUUGAGUACCUGAAUCCACGAUCAACCAUAUCUCCUCCUCAUCCGUCUCCCCUGGCCGCGAAGCUUAUGAACAUUGAUGGGAUAACAUCAGUCUUCUACGGGACGGACUUUAUCACGGUGACCAAAGCAGGCGAUGCAAACUGGGCGCAUAUUCGACCAGAGGUCUUUGCUUUGAUUACCGAGGCAAUCACCUCGGGUGAGACUCUCGUCAGCGCCGCGGAGCGUAAAGAGGUAGACGAGCAGGUCGAGCAGGAUAGCUUGGCCUACAAUGAGAACGACAGUGAGGUUGUCGGCAUGAUCAAGGAGCUGCUGGAAACCAGGAUCAGGCCUGCUAUCCAAGAAGACGGCGGCGACAUUGAGUUUCGUGGCUUCGAGGAUGGGUAUGUCAAGUUGAAGCUUCGGGGCGCUUGCAGAACGUGCGACUCGAGCACGGUUACGCUUAAAAAUGGCAUAGAGGGCAUGUUGAUGCAUUACAUUGAGGAAGUCAAAGGUGUCCACCAAAUUCUUGAUCAAGAAGAGGAAAUUGCUGCUGAAGAAUUUGCAAAGUUUGAGGAAAAAUUAAAGCAGCAAAGGGGUGCUCAAUAA